AUGGUAUCCGUUGCCACUGCUUGCAACCCGGCGCUUACGGCCACCUCCUCCAUCAACCAUUCAAAAAUGCUAGCGACCUCCUCUCCGGUAUCCAUCCUCAAAUCCUCCAAAACCGCCGGCACGAAACGCAAGAUGGACGAUUUCGACCUCGGCAUGUCUCCGUCCCCCAUGUCCGACGGGUUCAACGAGGACCCCGUUCCCAAGAAGCGUGCCCGCGUCACCUUCGACGACAAGAACAUUCGGAUGCACGAAGCAUCUCUCAGCAAAGUCGACUCACCGGACACUGGUAAAAGCAUGGGAGUUAUCCGUGAGGAGAUCCGUCGAGCUAUCCACCGCCAUGUUUCCGCUGGCGAUAGCGAGGCCUACGACGAAGUCAAGGCGGUCUUCACGGCCGACCCGAAGAAGUCCGAUGACACCAUGUACUCCUAUGAUCUCCCGACACACACAACAUUAAGGAACCAUUUGCUGGGUCUUCUCUCCCACGUCGCCUCCCUGAACAGAGACUGCAGCGGUCUCGUGCACGCCGUCAUCAACAGCGAAUGGCUCGGUCGGGACGAGGCGUACGUCAAGCUCUAUAUUCGCUUCCUCGGCAACCUUGCAGCCGCACAGGGCACAUAUCUCAGCGUGAUUUUCAAGAAGCUGGUCACCACGCUCGCUGGCGUUUCUCGCGGGACCGGUCGGCUACCCGGCUACCCAAUUGUCCCGGUGUCUGAGAUAUACGCCCGAGUUCACAUGGCACUGCGUUACUUGAUGCGACUGCUCCCUGCUGGCAGUAGCACGUUAUCGCCCAUUCUUUCUCAACAGUUCCCCUUUGACACCGACUCUGCCAGAUCUUUUAUCGCCUAUACUCGCAACAUCAUUCAAAUCAUCAGCUACGCCCCCGAACUCCAGUCCGAUAUUCUGGCUCUCAUCACCGAGAAGCUGGUCAAGGUUGACGUCCAGAUCCAAGCUGAUUUGGAAGAUUUCGAGGAUGAGCUCGAGGACGAGCUUCUGAAUUGCUCACCCGAUGCUGAUGAGGAGCUGGAUAGUGAUGACGAUGAUUCGAUCAUGAGCGACGAAGAGGAUGAGGAGGACCGACGUGUCUCGGAGAUGAAAGGGAACAUCCACAAGGUGGAUGGCAUGAUCGACGUUCUCUUUGAAUAUUAUACUCCGCCUUUCACAAACGGCAGCCUGGAUGACAAGGAAAACACCCUGGACCUUCUCCUCUCCCACUUUCAAUCAAUCAUUCUUCCGACGUACAAGUCGCGACACUCGCAAUUUCUGCUCUUCCAUUUCUCCCAGUCAUCUCCGGUGCUUGUGGAUCGCUUUGCUUCCGCCUGUGUCCAGCUCAUCUUCAACAAGCUACAGCCUGGUAUUAUGCGCCAGUCAGCGGCCGCCUAUCUGGCAAGCUUUGUUGCCCGCGGUGCCCACAUUCCCGGCGAGGUUGUCCGUGACGUUUUCGAUCUUUUGCUUGUCCACCUAAACAACCUACGAAUGGACUACGAGGCUAGUUGCCGGGGCCCAGACCUUCGUCGCUACGGGCCAUUUUACUCCACCGCGCAAGCGCUGCUGUACAUUUUCUGCUUCCGGUGGCGCGACCUGACCACCGCUGCCGCCGAGGGUGAUAGCCCCGAGCAAGUGGAAGAACUGGAGCCGAGUCAAGUGGCAUUCCCUCCGAACAUCAAGGAGUUCCUUCACAAGGCGAUCUACUCUCGAUUAAAUCCUCUUAAGAUUUGCUCACCCGGUAUCGUUACCGAGUUUGCACGCAUUGCCCGUCAUUUCCAAUUACUCUAUGUCUAUCCCCUCAUUGAGACCAACAAGCGUCUCCGGAUUACAGCCUUCCGAAGCAUUUCUACCCUCUCCAACCCCAACUUCAGCCAAGUCGAGCGCGAAAUCCGCGCAGGUGACAACCUGGGCUACCAACUUGAUGCAUACUUCCCCUUCGAUCCCUAUCAGCUCCCGCGGAGCCGUCGCUGGCUGGAGGGUGACUACGUCGAGUGGCGCGGUGUUCCAGGACUGGACAAUGGCGACGACUCGGACAGUGGAGCCGACGACGACGGUGAAGAUGAUGACGAAGAUGCCACUGGCACCGACGAGGAGUGA